AUGGACAUGCAGCGACGCCCGCGGCGUCGCGUUGGCCGGCGUGCGGCGCGCGCGCGGCCGAACGACGACGUCGGCGACGCGGCGGGGGCGGUCGUCGACGAACUCAUUUUGAAGCUGAACGUCGGCGUGUCCGACGCUUCAAUGCCGGAUCUGGAGCUCGCGCGUCAUCACUCCGCGAUGCGCGAGGGGGACUCGGACCCGGGCGGGUCGGACGACCUGCUCGUCCACCCCCUGGACCAGCACGCGCCCUCGCCGUCGCGUCACCGGCGCGUCAGCGCGAACCACGGCGGGCGUCAUCACGCGCGCGCGGUCGUGGACGUCGUCAGCGGCGUCGACCGAAGAGAUGCUGACGCCGUCCUGUGGCAUCUCAAUCGAGAGAGCCAGGCGCGACGACGCCGGACGCACGGCGCGCGACGACGCGCGACGGCGGCGUCCUCCGCGCGGCGUGAUCAUCAUCACGACGACGACGACGUCGUCGCCGCGGAGUUCGCGGACGCGUGCGCGCGACGCGCGGAGCACGUGUGGCGCGCGCGACGACCGGAUGGAGACGACAGCCUCCCGUCGGACGACCCGCGCGUCGUCGACGCGCAUCACGCGUCGCGCGGCGGGGUGUACCGCGCCUCCGCGCGAUUCGGCGGGAAGGCCGGGUCCUCGGAGGGCGUCGCGCCGCCGCUCCUCCGCGCGUGCCUCCGCGCGCUCCGACGCGCGUUCCUCCCGGAGGGGUACCCGCGCAGCGUCAGCUCGGAUUACCUCGCGUUCCAACUCUGCGACGCCGCGCAGGGCGUGUGCUCGUACGCGCGCGGGAUCUUGUGCUCGACCGCGCUGCUUCGCGGCGCCGGCGUCGGCUCGUCGACGGCGACCGCGGCGUCCGCGACCGCGCAGUUCGUGGCGAGGGACCUGACGUCGAUGCUCGGCGGCGUCGCGUUCGCCGCGACGCGGGGGCGGGCCAUGGACGCGGACGCGAAGCGUUGGCGGCUGUUCGCGGACGCGAUGAACGACCUGGGGAUGGCGAUCGAGCUCGCGUCGCCGGCGGCGAGGGCGAUCGCGGUGGCGGCGUUCUCGAGACUAGUCGCGGGCGGCGGCGGCGGCGGCGCGGAGAGUUUCUCCGGCGAUGGCGGCGGCGGCGGGUGGUGGACGUGGCAGACCCUCGGUCGCUUCGGGGCGGUCAGCGUCAAGAACGAAGAGGGCGUCGCCGCGACGACCGCCGGUUUCGGCGGCGACUACUACUUCCUCGUCGCCGCGUGCCUCGGCGGGUUGGCGCGGUCGCUGUGCGGGGUGACGUCCCGCGCGACGCGCGCGGCGCUGACGCAGCACUUCGCGGCCGGGGACGACGCGGGAAGAAGCUUCACGCGGGGCAGAACGGGGGGCUCUACAACGGGUUCCGUCGCGGACGUCGACGCGAAGGAAGGGACGCAAGAGACCGCGGCGACGUUGAUCGGUAUGGGCGCGGGCGUGCUCGUGACGCGGCUCGCCGCGGACGACGCGGCGGCGAUCUGGUUCUGGUUCGCUCUGCUCACCGCGCUUCACGUCUUCUUCAACGUCCGCGCGAUGCGGUCGCUGCGUCUUAACACGAUGAACCGCGUCGUCGUCAGGAUACUGCUGCGGCGGUUCCGGUGGCACCGCGAGCGCGGCGGCGGCGGCGGCGGCGGAGGCGAGGGGCGGGGGCGCGCCUCCUCCUCCGCGUCGGAGCACCCGCACUCGUCGGACGACGACGACGACGACGCGUACGUCGGCGGGGGCGCCGGCGCCGUCGCCGCGAUCGGCGAGGGCGUCAUGUCCAUUGCGGAGGUGUCCGCGAUCGAGCCGCUGCUCCCGCGAGGGUUCCGAUGGAUGUUCUGGCCGUGGAGUCUGCUGACGCCGUCGUCUCUGCCGUUCACGCGGCGGCGGCGUCGCGCGCGACUCGCGGCGGGCGACGGCGAGGGCGGCGGCGUCGUCAUGGGGUCGCGGCUGUCGAGCGCGUCCGACGCGCGUUCCGCGGUCGUCGUCGCGAACGCGUUGUCCGAGGCGACGGACGACGCGUACUUGAUAUUCCGGGAGGAGGAUCUGGAGAACGCGAACGGUCGCCGGAGAACGCGGAGAAUGCGAACCGGCGCGUCUCCGCCCGCCGCGCGCGUCCGCGUCGUCCUCCGACGCGGCGCGACCCCCGCGGACGAGUUGCGCGCCUACGCGCACGCGUGUUUGCUCGCGGGCGCGGCGGCGCCCGCGCCGCCGCCAGACGCGCCGCCGCCGACGCCCGCGGAGGAACGCCGUGCGUCGCGCGAGACGGAGGCGGGGAUGAGCGAGGAGGAAGCCGCGCGAUGGAUGCGCGACGUGUACCCGUCGUUCAUCGCCGGGUGCGAGGCGCGCGGAUGGGACGUCGGCGCGACCGCGUCGUUGGCGUCGGAGGGCGCGCGUCUCGAGUGGGGCGCGGACGCGAGCGCGGACGCGGGGGGGAGGACGGAAUGA